AUGCCCGAAAUUGAAGUGAAAAAGUUUCGUUUCGAGCUUAAACUAUGGCUGGUGACGAACGCCAGCUCGCUCGAGUAUCUCCGCUGGAAUCAAGACCGAACCGUGCUCGUGCUCAACGAAACGCUAAUGAAAGCUAACUGGGCGUCGUGCGUGAGGGAAAUCUUCGCCUGCGAAACGUUGGAUGAUUUCUUCUGGCUGCUGGAACACGCCGGCUUCGAAAAGCUAGAUCUAGAGGAUUUGGAUGUCUCCGAGCGUGGCGUCAUUGAAGCGUCGUGCCGGUUGUACCGCCAUCCGAAGUUUAAAGCCAGCAACGCGGAGAUGUUCGACGGUUGGUUGUCCGAUCCGAUGAUUCGAGUGCACGAAAGCAACGUCAAGGGAUGCUGCUCGCUGGCGAAUAAACAUGGUUUUCGUGUGCGCCGCCAGCACGCCGAGUUUGCGCAGGCGAAUGUGAAAAUUCUAACCGAAAUGAGCUACGUCGAGAAGACGAUCCGUGCCGAGUUGCAGAGUGGACCGUGUGCGGUUGAGAUUCCCCAGGCGUACAUCGAUUUCAGCGUGGUGAAUGAACCACCGUACGUGAAAACGAAACAGAUCGCCGGGUAUUACGGUCCGGUUAGUGUGGCCGAUUUGCAGAAGUGUUUGGGAAGCUAUUUGCCGAUAUACUACGAUGGUGCCGAUGCAGAACCCCUUUCACAGCCCGCUCCAGACGAAGAAGUCGUUACGGAGGAAAUUGUGACUGAGCUACCGGCUGAGCGUAACGAGUUAACACUGGAUGCGGAAGAGAUACUACAAAUGUCGCAGGAAAAUGCCGAGGACAUGAAAAUGGCACUUCAGGAGCUGUACGAUUCCAUGGACAUCUAUGACACGGACCCAAUUGUGUACGAUGAGCGUGAGAGCGUGAUUGAGAUCGAGGAAAUUUUCAAUGCUCAAAACGAAUCCCCUUGCAUGGAGGGGAUCAGCAUUAAGCAGGAGCACGUUCCGUACUUUCCGGCCGAAGAGGAACACGUGCCAAAUAGCGUCACACCUGCUUUCUUUUCGAAUAGCAUCCGCGGUCUUAUCUCUCCCAUCGAUGAUGAUUGA